CUUAAAUGGGAAGAGGGGACAGCGAGGUGUUAAAAAGAAAAAGGGCUGGGGGGCGGGUAGUCGUGGGCUCCGUGACAAGAGGCGCAGGUCUGAGCCUGCAUGAUGUGGGAAUAGAAGCUGACCUUAUCUGUGGCUGAUAGAGGGAAGGAUGUGUCAGCAAGAAGCAUCAUUUCCUGGAGCCAGCACAAAAAAGUUAGAAACUAGGAUAUUAUAUAACACAACCAGCGCAAUUUUCAGUUCAAGAUGUGGUUUGGAAGAUAUAUACUGGGGACCACAUAUACUGCAGUCUGAGAAGGAACUGAUGGACUUGCAGAGGGAUCCGCCAGCUCAGUGCUCUGCCGGUCCGGUUGGAGAAGACUUGUUUCACUGGCAGGCGACUAUCAUGGGCCCUAAUGACAGCCCUUUCCAAGGUGGAGUUUUCUUCCUCACCAUUCACUUUCCCACAGAUUAUCCCUUUAAGCCCCCUAAGGUGGCAUUUACAACCAAAAUCUAUCACCCUAACAUUAACAGUAAUGGCAGCAUUUGCUUGGACAUCUUGAGGAGCCAGUGGUCACCCGCUCUGACUGUAUCCAAGGUUCUGCUGUCCAUCUGCUCACUCCUGUGUGACCCCAACCCAGACGACCCUCUGGUGCCAGAGAUCGCGCACACAUACAAAGCAGACCGGGAGAAGUAUAACAGACUAGCACGAGAAUGGACAAGUAAAUAUGCAAUGUAACACACUCUAAAUAGCACAGCCAGACUGACUGGAGAGGGUAGAGGACCCUCCCACUUCUCUUGUUUAUCUUCUUGUGCCAACAUGCCCGCAAUGUUUUUAUAGAACACCGACCAACCAAAAAUAGAGCAACUCCAAGGAUGCUCCCGCCCUUUACAUUCAGCUCUCUGCAGCCUGGCUGAGGAAUAGUCACCCAUUCUCACAUCUGCUGCUGUUAUAAUAUUCUCCUUCUCAUUCUACUGGCAAUCCUAUGGGCUGAGAACCUUACCCCUGUGCACUGAAAUACCCCCGACCUCCUCCCCCCCCCCCCCCCACCCCUCCUCCCCUCCCUGCUUUCGAGAUGCUCAUAUCACCUUACUCCCUUCUUUAAAUAACUCAGGACAUAGCGGUUUGUUUGGGAAGGGUCCCGUGAUCCUCUCCCCCUCUCUUCCCCCCCUUCUGUAGCCCUCCCCUUUCCCAGUCCAGAGUAGCAUGGCUGGCAGCUGCUGUUGCUGGAGCAAGAGAAGACUUUGUGGAAAUUGGAGAAAAGAUCAAGUGUCGUCUCCAGGCCUUUUAUUCACCGUGAUGUCAUUCUCGUCCCUUUAUCUGUUGUCUUUUUAUCUGCAUGGAGUAGAAGAUCCGAAAAAAAACGUAUACAGAAACGGUGUGCAACGUGACUCGCACGCUAUUGGUACUGUUCGCAGGGAUACAUCCCCAACCAACCAACCCCACCCAAAUCCCCCCCCCACCCCCCCGAAUGUUUCACAUACAGUCUCCCCGAAUGAACCGAUUACAAUGUACAGUCCAAUGGGAGGGAUUGUCUCCACUGAACGGUGGUACUCUGUAUCUUCCUAGCAUCUCUUAGAAGUGGAUAAACCCCGCUGUGUGUACUAGUUCCAGAUCGUGUAGCAGCCAACUGUGUUACUUUUAUCGUCACACACUUAAUCCAUAUCAUUUUUUUUUUUUGUGCUUUAGUAGGUAUGUUUGACUUUUUCGGUAUCUGUUUUUCUAUGGAAGGGCCCUGCUGUUGUAAACAAGGCUAAACGGUGCAUAAGUAGCGCUGGAACAUCCUUACAGACCGUGUUGCCGGGAUUUUUUUUUUCCUUUUCACUUGGAUGGGGCUGUAUUGCAAUACCAAGCACGGCCCAUGGGCUGUUUCUGCAAAAAAGCAGACUUUUUUUUUUUUUUCUUCUAAAUUAAUAUUAGUUCCCAUAGCUUUGAUCUAAGGUAAAACUGUAGGGAAGUAUAGUCUAUGGAGAUACAUAUGUGAAUCUCUGACUAUAUCUCAUUGCCUGUAAAUUAUUGCCCUUGUAUAGAUGUAUAUGGUAACCAGUGAGGUCCCAUAGUGUGUUUCAUAUCGUUCAUGGACCUCUAAAUGGGAACAAGUUGAAGCACUAUGUGGGGGAGAUUUAUCAAAACCUGUGGACAGGCAAAGUUGACCAGUUGCCCAUAGCAACCAAUCAGAUCGCUUCUUUAAUUUUUCACAGGCCUUGUUAAGAAUGAAAGAAGCAAUCUGGUUGCUCUGGGCAACUUUGCCUGUCCACAGGUUUUGAUAAAUCUCCCCCUAUGUGGGGAGAUUUAUCAAAACCUGUGCAGAGGAAAAACUUGCCCUUUUGCCCAUAGCAACCAUUUAGAUAACUUCUUUCAUUUUUAGGAAGGCCUGUGAAAAAUGAAAGAAGUUAUCUGAUUGGUUGCUAUGGGCAACUGGACAACUUUUCCUCUGCACAGGUUUUGAUAAAUCUCCCCCUAUGGCUAUGACCCAUCCCCCAUACACAUGCACGCUCAGUUUAGCCUGUUUCUUAAAAACCUUUUUAGUAGGGAAAUAGUUAGGGCCCCCCAUACACUUUAGAUCAGUGAUUCCCAGCCAUUGUGCCUACAGCUGUUGCUAAGCUACAACUCCCAGCAUGCCCGGACAGCCAAAGGCUGUCCGGGCUUGCUGGGAGUUGUAGUUUUGCAACAGCUGGAGGCACUAUGGUUGGAAAAAGCUGUAUAAGAUGGUUGACCAGUCUUGCUAAAAUCAGCAGGUUUGGCCAACUAGUUUAGCCUUGUUUACAAAAUGAACAAGACUCUCUCUAACUCAAUUCUAACCCCCCCCCCCCCCAAAAAAAAAAAAAAUCACUAAUAAGGUGUUUCACCACCCAUCAUGACCCACCUCAUUCUCUGUUGGAGGAAAAGCUUGUAGGGCAGCCUCCUCACACCAUGGAAGCAGCCAUACCCUGCACUAAACCAACAGUCUUGACUGUGUCUUUAUUAUAAUCUUACCAUGACUCCUCCACUCCCGCUUUAGUUAGUAAUGCUGUCAACCCCCCCGAUGAAUUUAUAUCAAUCUAACCCCCCAAUAUGGCUGCUUCGAUAGUGUGCACACAACCAGUUACCUAUAUGCAGGACUGCAACGUGUGACAGGCAGAAGAAUGUGUUUUUUUUCAGCACUGUGAAUUUAGCUUUUGUCCCAGCCUACCUCACUUUCUGAACUCUGGGACAAAAAAAAAAAAAAAAAAUUAUCAAAAAAAUAAAAAAGAUCCCUCCCUUCGGUGGGGCGGCUCUGCAAUGUUUUGUGUCCUAGAGCAGAAUCCUGUACGGCCUAUCGUGGGGGGUCUCUACUGUUUUAUACGAGCUUACCUGAAGAGUGUGAACUGUACAGCGGGUAUUACAUACAGCUUAUGAUGAUGCACUGUACAACUGCAGAGGAUCUCUAGUACUAAUAUUACAUUGUAUUCUGUUGCUGAGUAUCUACUAAAAACUUGCACUGUGUAAUGAUGCAGAGUAUCUGUAUGCAAUGUAUAUGAAUGUGCUGCACUGAAUUACAAGACUGAGAAUUGGUAAGCGUGUUCCUAAAUUUCCAGGUCUGACUCUCUCUUGAGAAUUUUCAUACAAAGGGCAGGCGAGCAAAACUAUAUUCUCAAAUCAUGGCGGAAGUUCUAAAAGCCUUUUUAUACCUUUUUAUAGGACCACUAGGAGGUAUCGCGAUUAGAGGUGAGCAGAUCUACAGUAAGAUCCGCCGAUCCAGAAUCUAAUAAAUCUGAUAUAAGUUGUUACGGUUUUCCGGAGGGGUUUGGACAGGUCAAUUCAUUAGAUUCGGGUUUUCGAAUCCUACUGGUGAUCGCUCUGCUGUAAUCCAUUGACUAUUAAAGGGGUAGCCCAGUGAAAACAACUUAUCCUGUGGAUAGGGGAUAAGUGUCUGAUCAUGGGCCCACAGGAUAGGGGAUAAGUGUGUGAUUAAAGGGGGUCUGACAGCUGCAACCCCCCAACCACACAAUCUCCUAACAGUUUCCCCUGGUCUCUUAAGAAGAGCUCAUUAUAAAGACAGCACGCACUCCAUUUAUUCUCUAUUUCCCAACCAGGGUGCCUCCAGCUGUUGCAAAACUACAACUCGCAGCAUGCCCGGACAGCCAUCGGCUGCCCGGGCAUGCUGGGAGUUGUAGUUUUGCAACAGCUGGAGACACACUGUUUGGAAAACACUUCUUUAUGGGAUCGCCGAAGAGAGACCCCAAUGCUGUACUCUGCACUAGGGUCUCUCCGGCGCUUCCAUAGAAAUGAAUGGAGCGCAUGCCAACUGUAGCACACUUUUUUCCACCAGGCAGGAGAUCAGGGGGGGUCCCAGCAGUCAAACCCCCCCCCCCCCCCCUUGAGCAGACCCUUAUCCCCUAGGGGAUAAGUUGUUUUUCACCGGUCUACCCCUUUAAACAUGCAGUGCUAUUUCCUUGGUGCAUUGAACCCAAAAAAUUAGACAUUGGACCAUCUUCAACUUGAGUCAUAAUGCAAUGAUGAGUAACUUUGCAAAAAAAUUAGCAUAAAGCGUUACGGUCAUUUAAAAAAAUAAAACAUUUGGCAUGUUGCCCAGACAUGUCAAGUUGUUGAUCACAUCUGGACCCGCUGCGAAUCGGGAGUUACAGCUCUCUCUGGCUGUCAAUCAAAUCCGACCUUUUCUCUGCAUAACGAUAAGUCGGAUUUGCCGGUCAGCCAGGGAGUGGAGGGGAGGGGAGUGCAGUGCAGCGCUACGCUCUUCCUGGCUGUAAUUUCCAGUAGCAAGAUGUUUUGAAUGACAGUAACCCUUUAAAGAAUGGUUUCUAAUAUGUGUAAGACUGCUGCAUCUUUAUGAUGCUUUCGACUGUCGGGCCAAGACUUGUGACCGUAGUAUAGGAAAUUCUAGUGGCAUUACGCUAGCCUCAAACCCUUCUUAGGCUGGGUUCACACUACGUUUAUCACAUACGGGGACUGGAGAUGGGAAAGCCGGGCGCUCCCGUAUCCCAGCCGGACCUGGCCCGCAUCUCGUUCAUUUGAAUGAGCCGACCGGAGUCAGUGACUCCGCUCGGCUCUUUUUUUGCCCCGUUUGGUUUUGUGACCGGACCUAAAACCAUGGUCCCCAUAUGUGAUAAACAUAGUGUGAACCCAGCCUUACUUUUGGCUUCUCCUGUCUGUUCUCCGCUCACAUCUCCCGUGCACCUCCUGCUGGUCCAGUGUCUGUAUCCUAGUACUGUUUACAUCAGGCACUGUGCAGUAUUCUGGUCUCCCACAGAGAAGUCUAGCAGCAAGACCGUCAGUACUACACUGAUCAAUACAGCGACUUGUUUAAUGAAGCCUCGAAUGGACUACCAAGACGUGAUGUAACUCAAGAUCAAUGCAGUGUAAGUCGCGCAAAGUUACUCAGCAUUAUAUGUAGCGCUAAACCGGACACACAGCUUCCUUCUAAACCUGCAAAAUGGCUGCAACCUAAGCUUCUCUGGUUCAUUGGUGUGUGUAUAGAAGUUGGCCCUGCGCACUUCUGUAAUGUUAUAGUACAUGUAGAGGGGGAAUAUACAGCAAAGGCCAGAUGACGAUCAAUGUAAGGAUCACUUCCCAUAAAUUAUUUAUUCUUGUGUUUCUAUUUAAACAACACAGUUUGUUUUCCAUAUCCCGGUGUCUGUAUUAAAUGCUUCUCAUUCUUCCUCAA